AUGGCUGUUCUUCGCAAGCAAGGGUUUUCGCCUGUUCUGGUGGAAUUCUUUGCCUCUUACCUUGUAGGCCGCUCCACAGUUUACUGUUGGAACACCUUCCAAUCCGACUUGCGGUCUGCGGACGUGGGUGUCGGGCAGGGCUCAGCUCUCUCGCCUGUUAUCUCUGGGCUUUUCGUUGCGCCGGUAAUGAAGCUCUUCUACAUCAAAGCGGCGCCACUCAACAUGACGCUGCUGUCCUUUGUGGAUGAUGGGACCAUUCUGGCCCAAUCCAAACAACUCGAUGAUAAUAAUGUGGGCCUGCGUAAGGCCUACAAAAUUAUCUACCUUCUCUUUGUUGCUUUCGCACUCGUUCUUGAACACGACAAGACCGAGUUGUUUCACUUUUCGCGUCGUCGCGAUGCCUACAAUCCCUCGCUGGAUCUGGGGUAUGCCCCUCAUACCGGUGAUACACCUUUGAAACCCAAGACCUAUUGGAGGUACUUGGGCUUCUACUUUGACCGCGGGCUCACCUUUCAUGAGCACGUUCGCUACUACACCACCAAGGCGUUUACCACCGUGCAGGCCAUGCGCAUGCUCGGCAACUCUACGAGAGGUCUUUCGCCUAAACAGCGCCGCCUCUUAUACCGGUCGUGUGUGGUCCCCAUUGCCACAUACGGCUAUCGUCUCUGGUAUUUCGAUGGAGCCCGCAAUAAGGGCGCAAUGAACCAGUUAAAACGGAUGCAGCACAAAGCUGCUCUAUGGAUUACAGGUGCUUUCCGCACCUCCCCCACAGGCGGUCUUGAGGCUCUAGCGGGCCUCAUCCCCGUCCAUCUCAUGCUGAAGAAGUUGGCGACGCGCGCAGUGUAUCGCGUCGCUACCCUCUCAGACACUCACCCUCUCCGCUCUAUGAUGGGCGAGGGACUCCUCAAGCGAGCUGCACCACACGCUCGCUCUGCCGCCUUGAUGACCCCAGCCAUGCGAGGGAAAGUCAAGAGCACUGUCAUGGAGGUGGACGAGCGUGUCCACACCUUAACUGAGAGCUUUGAGCCCUUUGCGCCUGAAGCCCGCCCAGGCGAUAGGUUAUUGGACCGCUAUGCGGACCGUCUCCAUUUUGACGAGCGUGAUCCUGGCCAGGAUAGGCGCCCAUAUCUAGACGAGCUCAUCGCGAGAGCGAGGGCCGACCCACUAACAGUACUGGCUGCAACUGAUGGCUCUGUCCCUCAGUCCAACCAGUAUCAGGCGGCUUCGGCUGCCAUCAUCUACAAGGGACAUCGUGAGCUCGAGAGGACUCGCUAUGUCUCUGGCAGAGUUACCGCCCCUGAUGCGGAACUCAAUGCCAUCUCGUGUGCAGUGCGCCUUGCUGUUAAGCAGGCAAACUGCCAACAUAUUAUGGUCUUUACUGACUCUAUGGGCUCAGCCCAUAGAGCGGUCGACCCCGGCGUGCAUUCCGGUCAGGCUUUUAGCCUGGCGGUGUGUCGCGCUCUUCAAGAGUGGUUUAAGGCGGAUGAUCUCCGUUGUAUUACCUUCGUCUACGUCCCUUCCGCUCUGCGGUGGGAUAUCCAUGGUGAAGCACACAAGUACGUCACCGAGCUCAAAGUCAGGGUUGGACGUCGCAAGACGGACAACUCUAUAGAUGCGCUACGCUCUCGAGCGGCGCACUCAGUCCUGGAUUCGUGGAGUUCCACUUUCCAGGAUCCAACCUACCGAGGCUCUGAGUUUUUAGAGCUUCAACAGCCUGACGGGCGGCCGCUACAGCCAUCGUACCUCAAUGGGGGACCUUGGCUUUCAACAUUCGGACACAGUAUCACUGAGUUCGCCUGCGUUUGCCGGUGUAUAACUGGCCACGCGCCCAUUGGAGCGUACUACCGUCGCUUCAAGAUCAAUGAGCCUCACGGCUGCACUUGCGGGGCUGCUUUGCAGUCCCGCCAGCACAUCCUCUUUCGCUGUCGCGAUAGAUAUUCUGUACACUAUCCCCGUUUUCUCGGGGAUAUUGCAUCAUUUAUGAAGUACAACCCUACGGCGUUUGGCUUCAACCGGGACCCCUCGGGUGUCGGAUAA